AUGGUUCUUGUAAUGGAUGAUAUGGUGGAUAACCUGAACAAUGCGUAUCAGGAGUUUGUGGCUGCAGCAGCGAGUGUGCUCGAGAUCAAAGAGUUGGCCAGUGCUCAGAAAACAAUAGCUACCGACAACUCAUUGGAGAACUUCAAGCAGAAAUGGGAACUGUUUAGGGUGGCUUGUGAUCAAGCGGAGGAGCUUGUGGAGUCGGUGAGGCAAAGGAUAGGGAGUGAGUGCUUGGUGGAUGAAGCUACAGGAACAGGGAGCGGAACUGUUAGCGGGAAGCUUGGCCAGAGUGGGCCAGCUGGUCUACCUCCAAUAAGUGCAGUUCGGUUGGAGCAGAUGAGCAAGGCUGUAAGAUGGCUAGUCAUUGAACUGCAACAUGGUUCUGGAGCUGCAUCUGCUGGGCAUCAUCCUCACACUCCUCCACCACCUUUUGAUGCCAGGUUUCCUGAUGAUGCCGCCCAGUAG